GCUGUAUGUACAGCUCAAAGAAGCAAAGUGGUAGCCCUGCAUCAUUAAUCAGAGAGAGAGAGAGCAAGAGAGAAAGCAAGAGCAAGAUCAAGCUGCCCCCUAGAAAACGGAAAUGUUCAGUGUUCACAGAGCGGCUGGCAUAUUUAACUCUGACAUUACACUACCAUGUUUUCCAUCAUGGUAGUAGUUAGAACAGGGAGCUGGAAUUGAUGCAUAGAUCAGUAGCGUCUUUGUUGGAGUGGAUGUUGUGUAAAUACUUUGGAGCUCUCUGGAGAAAACGUAAAAGGAUUGAAACGGCAUGAAUGAACUAAACCAUGAAGAUUCCUCAUGGCUUAUUCAGGAGGCUCUAUGGCUCUGAUUAAAGAAUUUCACCAGCACUGGAGCAAACAGCAGGUUUUGGAAAACAGUGCCUUUUCUACGCACUUUCCAUGCUUGCUCUGCCUUUGUUUCUCAAAUUUUAAUUUCCGACACAUAACUGAAAAAAAAUCCCAGAAAGCUGACCCAUCCAAGUUAAUCACCUCUGAAGAGUUGUGGACCCACUGAGUGCUAAAGCAAACCUUUCUUAUAUGUGAGCCAAAAAAAAAAAAAAAAAGAAAAAGAAAAACAGCCUGCCAACCACUGGUAAAGAGAUGGCUAUCAUCAUAUGGGAAUUUGAAGAGCUUCUAUAUGGCACAUUCAUGAUUGAAAUGGGAGAGGAUCAACUGUCAUGAUGUCCCCAAAGACCAUUUAACUGAGUAAACAAGAAAGGAAAAUUAUAAAGACUUGUCAGCUAUGCUUGCACAUGAGACUUCCAUAAAGUUACUAUAGACAAAUCUAAAAUAAAUAUGCUGAUAAUUCUUUGAAAACCCCCCAAAUCAUGGAUAGUCUCAGACCAAUGCAGUAAAAAAGAGGUUAUUCUAUUCUCAAUCUCUCCAACCCAUCAAUGACCAGUCUUUUAGAAAGAGCAGCUGUAGAUUAUAAAUCAGAACCAACAUUUGGUAAAGAUAGUUUCUCUGGAAAGAAACAUGUCUGCUAAUGAUACAUGUCCUGGGACAGAUGGAGCAAAUACAGAUUUUCGAUACUUUAUCUAUGCAGUGACAUACACUGUCAUUCUUGUGCCAGGUCUCAUAGGAAACAUAUUAGCCUUGUGGGUAUUUUAUGGCUAUAUGAAAGAAACCAAAAGGGCUGUGAUAUUCAUGAUAAAUCUAGCCAUUGCUGACUUACUACAGGUCCUCUCCUUGCCAUUGAGGAUCUUUUACUAUUUGAAUCAUGACUGGCCCUUUGGGUCUGGCCUUUGCAUGUUUUGUUUCUACCUUAAAUAUGUCAACAUGUAUGCAAGCAUCUAUUUCUUGGUCUGUAUAAGUGUGCGAAGAUUUUGGUUUCUCCUAUACCCCUUUCGCUUCCAUGACUGUAAACAGAAAUAUGACCUGUACAUCAGCAUUGUUGGCUGGCUGAUAAUCUGCCUUGCCUGUCUGCUAUUUCCCCUCCUCAGAAGCAGUGAUGACACUCCUGGCAACAAAACCAAAUGCUUUGUGGAUCUUCCUACCAGGAAUGUCAAUUUGGCCCAGUCUGUUGUCAUGAUGACCAUUGGAGAGUUGAUUGGGUUUGUUACCCCUCUUCUGAUAGUCCUAUAUUGUACCUGGAAGACAGUUUUAUCACUGCAAGAUAAAUAUCCUGUGGCCCAAGACCUUGGAGAGAAAAAGAAAGCCUUGAAGAUGAUUCUAACCUGUGCAGGUGUUUUCCUAAUUUGCUUUGCACCUUAUCACUUCAGUUUUCCUUUAGAUUUCUUGGUCAAGUCCAAUGAAAUCAAAAGCUGCCUAGCCAGAAGGGUGAUUAUAAUAUUUCAUUCUGUUGCCUUAUGUCUUGCUAGUCUGAAUUCUUGCCUUGACCCGGUCAUAUACUACUUCACCACUAAUGAGUUCAGAAGACGACUUUCAAGACAAGAUUUGCAUGAUAAUAUAAAACUCCAUGCAAAAUCAUUUGUGAGCAACCAUAUCACUUCUACUCUGAGAAAUGAAGUAUGUUAGAUGGAAAAAAAUCUGAAUGUGGGCUAAAAUGUAAGAAUAUCAGAACAGAUUUGCAUACCCCAAGCCACUGGGCAGUAAUCACUGGAAGAACUCACAGCUUUUUAGGUAUGCUAUAUCUUACCUAUAUGACAAAUUCACAUCUUCAUAAUACAGCCUAUGUAGAUGUGGAGAUAUCCAUGUAGUAAUUUGUCCUCAAGUCUUUAGGACUAUAAAAUUUCAGUGACAUCCUAUGCACAUGCUCUCAACUAUGGUCAGCAGUUUUAUCUUUGAACCUAGGACACAGAGAUACUAUUAGCUUGGAGUCAUUUUAAGCGCUUAGUUUUGUUACAAUGGUCACUGUGUUUCUUUGUAUUUAGAGGCAAUGUAGUUGUCUCUUUAUACUAGUAAUCACAGUUUAUAUCAAAAUAUCAUAUUUUAGUUGCCUUUGAGUAGGAUGGACAGUAUAUCAUUCUGUGAAGAUAAAUGUUAUAAACAUUGGACUCUUUUUUAUCUCCCAUAUGUGAUUACACUCCAGGGUUUGAAGACUAGAGUAGCUAUUUCCUUCAUUUCAGAGUCAGUAUGAAAAAUCAUUUGUCACAUCUAUUAUUAGAAUGGAAAAUAUGAACUCAGGCCUCUGGUAUGUUUAAAGUAAGAACAAGAAACAAAUUCGCAUACUCUCUAUGACUGUAUAAAAUGCCAUAUUUAAUCUACCCAUGGAAGGUGGUUCAACAAAUGAGGCUCAAAUUGUCUCUAAGGGUCCAGGAGAAAGCAAAUAGGUGAUAAUCAUAGUUUUGGUUCUCUUAAAUGAUAUCUAAAGAACACCUCUGGAGAUAUAUGGAUCUGCCUAGUAGGAGAAAUGUCCACCAUGCUUCUAGAGUGACACUGAGGUACCUCUGACAUGUUAUUGCAAUUUCUGAGCCUAUGGAAAAAGUAAUGCACUAGGUUUAGUCCAUAGCAAAAAAAUGAAAUUAUUUCUUAACUUUAAUUUAGGUGGCAACUGUCAAGCUAUAUUCACAAGCCAGAUUAAGGUUUGGAGGCAGCUAGGCAUGUGGACCCUAGAGUCUUUAGUAAUAUUUAUGGUCCAAGUUUGCCCCAGUCAUAUGAUUCUAAGGCCGACACAUCCUUCCUCCCAGCAUCUGGGGAAGUCAAUUCUUUCCCCUUUUGAGAAAAGUAUAGACAAUUAAUUUUGGCCACAAUGGACACCCGUUACAAUGCCUUACCGGCUACAAUUUAGUACUAAUAUGCAGGAAACAGGAGUAGUAACUAAACUUGGGGCCUUAAAUAUUAGAAUACCUUGAAACAUGUUUUAGCAAAAAUCUUUAACUUUUAAACCAUGCUCUAAUUAAAAUCUGUGUGCUAUAUAAUGAAGAAACAUUCUAUUUUUUAUCUGGAACAAAUGUGAAAAUCAAAAAAGAGCUCCAUAAUGUUUAUAGGAAGGGAAUUGAUUUAGUCACACUGUUGUGAUACCAAUAUGUUUAGGGAAAAACUGGUGAAAUCAAAAUGAAUUCUAAUAUCUAAGAUGAGUGGAAAUUUUUAUAAUGUUUUCUCUCAAUAAGUGGUGAUUUUGUUUGUACUUUGUUAUUAAAAAAUACCCUAUUAGAAGACUGACUUUGUGCUGCUAGCAGUAGUGUAUGUAUUUAUCUUCUAAUUAUUCAUUGUAAGGUAUGUAUUUUGAUGUGUUAAGUGAGUUCUAAGUGAGUGUUAUUUUUUUUCUUAAAUGGGUAACUGUAACUAUGCCUGGUCUGUUUGCUUUAAUUUGUGUUUGAAUAAAAUUUGGUAUUGUAACAGGAUGGGAAGUAAUAAUUUUGUGGGUAAUUGUAAUGAAAGAGACUUAUCUAUACUGUAUGUUUUUACCACUUUUUAGAUUAACAUGAAUUAUACUUCUUAGGAUCAUUUUGGAAACCAAUGUUGUAAUUUCAGAAACAUAAUAAUUUCUCUUUAAAAACAUCUUUUUUUUUGAGGGGAGGGAAAUAUUUCCAGGAGAUUACUGAAUGUCUUAGAGAAGAUCUUGAGGUUCUAGCCUAACAUUUCAGAUAGCCCUUGAAAAUAAUUUAUAGCAUUUGAGGAAAGGACAGAGAGCACAAGUGUCCAGUAUUCUUAUACUGCUUAGCUAGGACCUCCCCUUCUCUUUAGGCCUGCCCAUCUAAGUUUGUAUUCAGUGCUGUGAUUUACUUUAUCAGCCCCAUCUCCCCACAAUAUGUUUUGUAUUCUGUCCUAUUCUCAUGUUCUAGUCAGUAAUCUGAUAAAUUUAUUCACACUAAAUACUAGUGAUUAACGUUAGCUUAAUAUUUAUUUGCCGAGGAAUAUCUGAAUUCUAGGCCUUAGGGAUAAACUUUAACUCAAAAUAUAAACCCCUCGCUUUUAAUGGAGGGAUGAAAGACACUGAAGCAGACUGGAAAGACACUGGAAGAUAUUUUGAAGAAAGUGGAUUUUACAGCAGUGUCUUUCAGAUUACAUGUAGUAAGAGAUCAUCUACUUUGCUUACCAUAAUGGGGAUGCUAAAUUCUAAGAAAUAUAUCUUACAAGACAGCUGUUAGUUUCUCAGAUCUCUGCUGGUUUUAUUUUUUCUUCUUGACUUUUUCUCCUUCCAACUCUGGACCUGAUUUCUAGGGAAGAGUAUAAACUAGAAGAGAAGUACUGUUGCAGCUGCCAUCUGGACAACAGCUUCCUGAGUGUGCCUUUCCUUGGAGAAUCUUCCAUUUGUCACUCUGUGGUUUUAAUGAAAAAAGUAAAACCCUCAAAAAGUGUAACACUCUUAACUGCAGUAAUAUGCAAUUAAAGAUAAAUAAACUUAUAUUUCCUA